AUGGAUGCCGACAUCCCGUCCAUUGCCGUCUUCACCUCGUCGCGCGCCGUCGUCGGCGGCCGUCUGACCUCUGCCACCCUCGUUGUCUCGCGCACCACCGGCAAGAUCACCGCCGUCUUCGAUUCCGUCAUCCCCGCCUCCGACUUCCCUGACGGCACCCCCUAUACUGACUUCUCUCCGUAUGUGCUGCUCCCCGGUCUGGUUGAUGCUCACGUCCACCUCAACGAGCCUGGACGCACCGAAUGGGAAGGCUUCUAUACAGGCACCCAGGCCGCUGCCUUUGGCGGUGUCACCACCGUCGUUGACAUGCCGCUCAAUGCCAUCCCUCCAACCACCACAGUCGACAACCUCAAGGUCAAGCUUCAGGCUGCCGAGGGCAAGUGCUGGGUCGAUGUUGGCUUCUAUGGCGGCAUCAUCCCCGGCAACGCUGGCGAGCUCAAGGCGCUAGUCCGCGAGGGCGUCUGCGGCUUUAAAGGAUUCCUUAUCGACAGUGGGGUUGAUGAAUUCCCCGCUGUCUCGUCAGAAGACGUCCGAAAGGCCAUGCUUGAACUGGCCGAUGAGCCCACCACGCUCAUGUUCCACGCCGAGAUGGUCCCACCCAAGAACCCAUCUGAAUCCCCGGACGUCAUGCCCGAGGGUGCCCCGGAGUCAUACUCCACCUUCCUGGCCUCUCGCCCUUCAGACUAUGAGACCUGUGCCGUAGAGGAGAUCCUCUCCCUAUCCCACCUGGCCCCCAACCUCCCUCUGCACAUCGUCCACCUCUCCGCCAUGGAGGCCAUACCUCUCCUGCGCAAGGCCCGCGCCGAGGGCAUCCCCAUCACCGCCGAGACCUGCUACCACUACCUCUCCCUGGCCGCCGAGGAGAUCCGCGACGGCGACACCCGCCACAAGUGCUGCCCGCCCAUCCGGUCCCAGAACAACCAGGACGCCCUGUGGGCCGAACUCGAGCGCCACGCCGAACCCGACGGCGUCAUCAAAACAAUCGUCUCAGACCACUCCCCCUGCACGCCCAUCCUCAAGCUCCUCCCCUCGCACAUCCCAGGCCACAGCACCGAAACCCCAACCGCCACAACCAACCCGGCCACCAACGCCGUCAUCAACGAGGGCUCCUUCCUCUCCGCCUGGGGUGGCAUCUCCUCCGUCGGCCUCGGCCUCCCAAUCCUUUGGUCCGAGCUGUCCCGCCGCAAGGGCCUCUCCUCAUCAGACACCACAGCAACCAAGCAAGCCCUCCAGGACAUCGUGCGCCUCUGCUGCGCCAACACCGCCGCCCAGGUCGGCCUGCACAAGUCCAAGGGCGACCUAGUCCCAGGCUUCGACGCAGACUUCUGUGUCUUCGACGAUACCGCCGAGUGGGUCGUUGAGCCGAGCACCAUGCUCUUCCGCAACAAGUGCUCGCCGUACCAGGGCCGCACCAUGCGUGGUAUGGUCCGCGAGACCUGGCUGCGCGGCGAAAAGAUCUUUAACCGCGCUGAUGGGUUCUGUGUCAAGGCGCCUUCGGGCUCGUUGCUUUUGGAGAAACGGGUUUGA